AUAUUGAACUACAAUAAGAUGUAUCAUAAUAAAGUAAAUAGUCUGACUAUUUAUUGUCACUAAUUUUAUGUAUGUUGGUGUGAAUUAAGUAAUAUCGUGAAGAGCCUUUACCCAACACCUAACAUAACCCAACCCAAUCAGAAAAAUUGGUGCUUUACAAUUGACUAAAAUCAAUAUGAUUUGACCGAUCUGAGAUACAGUGACUGACAGAUCAACAGAACCACAUUUCCUGAAAAGAAGGUUCAGUUGGGACGAGGGGAGGAGAUAAAACCUAUGACAAAUAUCAUCAAGCUUACAUAUUGAAUGAAAUAUAAUCCAGCUAUUGCCCUGAGAUAAAAUACGCACUGUGACAAGAUGCCCAGUGUUUUACACGAGAAUACAACCGCUUUCAAGAAGGCCACUUUUGGAUUGGGAUGUUUUUGGGCAUGUGAUGCCUUAUAUGGGGCACAACCAGGAGUUCUACGGACCAGAGUGGGAUAUUCAGGUGGAACCAAAUCAGAUCCUGUAUACAAAAAAAUAGAAGACCACACUGAAGUAAUAGAAAUAGAUUAUGAUCCAAAGAGAAUUAGCUAUGAAGAUUUAUUAGAACUAUUUUGGAACUACCAUGAGUAUGGAUUGACAACGAUUGUAAAAAGACAGUACAUGUCGUUAAUAUUAUAUCAUAAUGAGGAUCAAAAAAGGGUAGCUGAAAUCUCUCUGAAAAAAGAAGCACACAAACGGAAUGAGAAAUUGAUCACAGAAAUUGCACCUGCCGGACCAUUUUAUCCUGCUGAAGAUUACCACCAGAAAUACCGAUUGCAAAAAUAUAAAUGGGUGUGCGACGAAAUUGGACUAACUCCAGAACUUCUACAAACUUCACAUGUGGCAGCACGCCUGAACGGUUAUGUAGCUGGCGUUGGAAAAGAAGAACAGUUUGAAGAAGACGUUGUGAGUUUUGGGCUUCCCAAAACAGUUGCUGAUUUUGUAAGGAACCAAAUGAAAGAAAAUUAUGGGGGGAAUUUGUAUUGCUAAUUCAACAUUUCGAAUACUGUUUUGUACAAUAUAACUAUUAUGAAGAA